AUGGUGCAAGAAGGGCGACCUCAAGUGACUUAUCAUUUUACACAUGGCAAAAUUGACAAAAGGCUAUCUGAACUACACAUGUAUCAUUCAGGUCUAACCUGCCUCAGUGAAGGGACAAGGGUGACAGUCUGGGGAUGUUGCCCAAGUAGUUGGAAGUCAUUUGGUUCCAGCUGCUACCUCAUUUCUACUGAAGGGGAUGUUUGGACUCAGAGUGAGCAGAACUGUGUUGAGAUGGGGGCACAUUUGGUUGUGAUCAAUACAGAAGCAGAGCAGAAUUUCAUUGUCCAGCAGCUGAAUGAAUCACUUUCUUAUUUUCUGGGGCUCUCAGAUCCACAAGGUAAUGGCAAUUGGCAAUGGAUUGAUCAGACACCUUUCAAGAAAAAUGUCAGGUUCUGGCACCCAAAUGAGCCCAAUUUUCCUGCAGAGCAGUGUGGUUCAAUAGUUUUCUGGAAACCUGGAGGAUGGGGCUGGAAUGAUGUUUUCUGUGGUACUAAAAGGAAUUCAAUAUGUGAGAUGAAGAAGAUUUACCUAUGA